GAAUACGCCCACUUCUCUCAAAUUUGUCCAAUAGUCCUCUCUACUGGAAUCAUGGGGUUCAUCCUAUUGACCUUUCCUUGACUCUCUCUUUCAUCAAUUUACAGGUGCGUCGUCUCAUAAGCAGCAAACGCAAUGGAGGGAGCAGAUCUGCUACAGCUUUUCAACCCGCAUGCACUGAAGGCGCUGAAGGAGUGGAUGCAAAAAUCCUCCACCACCCUAACACAGGUCAACGGUCAGAGGAAAUAUGGUGGUCCUCCUCCGGGUUGGCACGGCCCUGCUCCAGGGCCAGGCUGCGAGGUCUUCAUCAGUCAUAUUCCACGUAACGUCUUUGAGGACACCCUAAUCCCGCUCUUCCAGAGUGUCGGCACUCUAUACGAGUUUCGUCUCAUGAUGAACUUCAGUGGGCAGAACCGCGGCUUCGCCUACGCCAAGUACGGCGACCAGGUCACGGCCAUAACUGCCGUUAAGACCCUCAACCAGCACCGGAUAGCGGAUGGGGUUCGACUGAUGGUGCGCAGGAGCAUGGAGAAGAGGCAGCUGUGGAUUGAGGACCUGCCACCCGACGUUAGCCAGGAUGAACUGCUGAUGAUGCUUCGACAGAUCUCGGAGGGCGUGGAGGAUGUCACGCUGAAGUUUAGCGGGCCUAAAGGGAGAGAGGUCGCGGCUGUGGUCAGCUACUUCACCCAUAUCGCUGCAUCUAUGGCUAACAAAGUAUUGGUUGAAGCAUUGAAGAAGCAGUACGGCAUGUCCGUCACUGUAAGAUGGAUGACUUUCACUGCAAAGUCCAAGAAUGUCGAGAAAAUGACAAAACAAGACAACGCCCCUUCUGCCCCACCCAAUCUUAAACCCCUCUCCAAACCCUUUUCCCAUCUGCACCCUCAGCCAUCCCAUCACAUAAUCCCGACCCACACCGCCCCCCAGCCCUUCAUCCGAGCGGUCGGCGCUCCUGUCACCCAGCCGAGGAACGAGCCGAUAAGUCAAAGUCCCGCGAGCCGUGAUGCUGCAUCUCAGCUGAAGUGGCUCUGCGAGGUGAACAAACUCGGAACGCCACGAUACGAAGCCCGAUACAAUCACAUCGGUCCUGACGGCUUUCUCUAUUUCACGUACAAGGUCAUGAUCCCGGCGCUUUCUUUUCCCCUGUACGGUUCUGUCCAGAUCCUGCCAGGUACGAGCGCUCGGGCCAUGAAGGGGGAAGUUCAUCGAGCCACUGCCGAGCAAGUGAUCCAAACCAUAUACACGGCUGCGCGUUGGCAACCUUUCUAAUGGCCGUCGGCGAUCUUUCUGCUUCGGCUGUGUUAUCAGUUUAACGUUCAGUAUUACGGUUUUGAAGGCAUGCACUGUUGAGAGGUUCUAGUUUCAAGAGAACGGGUUGAAAUUUGUGAUAAAACAGAUGCGUUUUGUUAACUGCGUAAACAGGCAGGGGUCAUGUUUUUCAAGAUCUUUAAUUUAGUGGCAUUUUAUUUGUUGAAAAAAAUGUUUUGUUUUGUCUAUGGUAUGUUUUACAA